GAUGUACAAAGGCGGAUCUUCAGGAUUUUCACCUCAGCAUCUUGCUUACGCGUGUCUUGUGGGUUGUGCUAUAACUUGGCUGCGAAUGAACCAGGAUAGAGAGGCACCGUUGGAUGGUAAGGAUUCCAAGGAGAAACUUAACAAGAAGUUCAAGCCCACGCGAGGAGGGACUAUCAUAGGUCAGAUGUUAAGGUUGAGGCACACUGGAACAAUCUCAGAGUACCGUGAGCGUUUUGAAGAGCUGUCAGCGGAGGUACCACACAUUCCUAAUGAUGUACUUGAAGAGAUGUUUUUACAUGGGAUGAGGAGAUCCAUGAGAGAACGAGUGGUGCGAUACAGACCAGUCGGGAUGGAUGAGAUUGUGUACCUUGCUAAGAUGAUUGAAGAGCAAGAGAAUGAACGAAAUGGGUUCCAGUCACGAUCAUUUCAGAGAACACCAUCUCUGAGUUCAGACACCAAAAUUCAACCGCUCAGUCAGGUCAAACAAUGAGACAACACCCCGGGGAGGAAGCCUUCCGAAACUACAAGAGAUCUCAAGGGAACCAAGCAGAAGAAGACUGUUCAUAACCCUUGUCGACAUUGUGGGCAGAGGUUCUUCUCGGGUCAGGGUUGUAAGGUUUUCCAGAGAUACAAAUAUAUGGAAGUAGAAGAAGAGCAUGAAUCAGAAGACGAUGAGUCUGAAGAGGCAGACGAUACAGAGGAACAACCAACACAAGGGCUGAAGGUGUUAUCUUUGCUAUCAAUGGAGAUUCGUCCAUGGACUCACAUGAUGGAAGUACCUCAGCUUCAUGGGUUUCGUUCUGCUGCAAACCGUUUAUUGGAGGCAUAUAAUAUGCUUCUCAAGUUUAACCUAUCAAAAAGCUGCAUACGGAAACUGCAGCCGCCAUCGACUUCCCACUCUCGUCCUCUGUCCUCUCCUCGCAGUUGCCUCAGUCUGAAGAGAAGAAUCGCAGAUUCGCCGCCGCAACCACCGACAAGAGCACUCGUAUACAAUGGAUAAGAAGCCUUGCGACAAGAGAUACCAUUGUUAUCCCUGUACUUAUGGUAUGCCAAAUCUGAGAUGUGAAGAAGAAGAGUCAACAUAUCCAUCGCCUUUACACCUCACGUGUUCUCUUAAUAAGCUAUUAUCUUCAUUUUCUUACAACUCUGAAGUUUAUUCCACCGGCGAGCAGUUGGUCUCGACAUCAGCGAUCCCAAGUUCAUUGAAAAGCUUAAUGAGGCAAGUAUCAGUUUUCUUUUGAACUAUUUAUAUAUAUAUACCAUUGGGUUCCAUUGAUGAGUGAUAGCAUCUGACACUAACUGGUGUAUUUUGUGCUACUAUGUUCAAGAUUGGCUUUACAUGGACGUUGAGGACUCUAAUGCCGCCACAGAGUUUCAGGAACUUGCUUGCUAAAAAGGUCUCAAAGGAAGCAGAGAAAUUAAAAAGCUGGUUGGAGAAGAAUGAAGCUAAGUAGAAAAAGAGUGCUAUGUGGAGCAAGCAAGUGUUCACGUCAGAUGAAGUGUACGCCAAAGUAUUUACUCUGCAAGACAAGGAGUGCUAUGUGGAGCAAUCAAGUGUUCACGUCAGAUGAAGUGUACGCCAAGGUAUUUACUCUGCAAGACAAGGCUAUCUCAAAACCUGCUCGUAGAUUCUUUGUACACCAAAUAACAAUCACACGAGGCUUUUUCCCGGGCAAGGGAUUUGGAAACACCUUUAAGGGUUUAAGAGAAUGCGCAGAUCUGACGGUUGAGAGUAUGCCAACACGCUUACUUGAGAUCCAAGGGUUAAAAAACAUGCGAGGCAGCGCUUUACAGAUAUAUCUUUCAGCGUCGGGACGCCGCAUUAACAAGAAGAAGAAAGAAAACCCCUCUCUCACUCAAACGAUCUUAGCGAGUGAAAGUUUCCGAUCCGAUCCUCAUCGUGGAACCAUGGACGAGCCAUACUCCCGAUACGACUUGUCAGACCCCUUCUCAGAUCCAGACUUCAUGAAUGACUUGUUAAUCAACUUCAUCAGCCCAGACGCCACCUACUCCGAGUACCUAGCCAUCACGCGAGUGUUGUUCAACAUCGUAGGCUUCAUCGGUAUCCACCCAGUCUCCAAACCUCAUUACGGAAACUGGCUCACCCCAGUCGAGUCCAGGAAGAAUAUCAUUCUCUGGCACAGACCAGGCGGCGAUCCUAAUUAUGGAACUCUAGAUGAUGAAGCGAUCAUCCCAUUUGAUUCCAGGAACAAUACAUACUUCUUCUGGAACAUGGAUGACUACCCAGUCCCUGUGGAUACAGAUCUUGCAACUGUUCGUAAGAAUAUCAUAACGGCGCUUCGUUUGAUGGGCUUCGCGUGGAGUGUGGACAUCUGUGUGGAUUGUAAGCAACCCGAGAACGUCGAACAGGUGCUCCAGGGCAGAGGAAUUACUUACUUACCCAACUUCACAGGUGCUUACCGCAAAGUGAAAGCUGUGCCUACUCUGGAUAUGACUCUCUAUAUGCUUCUUUUGGCAGAAGAUACUGCACCAGAACAUGCAAAUGUAGCCGUGAUCGUCAAACCAGAUAGUGAUCCAAAUAGUGAUUUACGAAGGGUUCUGCACUGUUUGGCAUCGAGGGGUCACAAUGUUCUCCUUGUAAUGCCGCCACCUGAUGAAGAGUUUAACUUUAGUGAGUCGGCUCUAGUUAUUGAUGCACGAUUCUUAGGUGGAGGAGUGCCUAGGUUCAUUUAUCAAUAUCAGCCGCAACCUGAUGGUAGUGAUGAAGAGUAUGAUCUUUAUGAAGCGGAUGAUGUUGAUGAAGAGGAUGAUGUUGAUGAAGAGGAUGAUGUUCAUGAAGAGGAUGAUGUUAGCCAUGUCUCCAACAGUAAGAUGGUAGAUUUCUCCGAGCCUAUCAGACUCGUCAAAGGGAGUAGGACAGUCAUCUUCUGGGACGCCAUGGAUUGCCCAUUCCCUCUUUCUCUCUCUCCUGAUCAGAUCUUCGAGAAAAUCAGAUCAGCUCUUGUGGGAAGAGGUUACAGUGAUAAUAUUACAGUCUGGGCUUAUGUCGAUGAGUACAGGAAAUGGUCUUGGAGAGACAAGUAUCUGGGUGACAAGACGUGGGAUUCAAGCAUCUACUUUCUUCCCGGAGGGGAUAAGGACUCCAGACGUAUCAGAAUGUUAAAUGACAUUCAUCUAUUGUCAAGGGACGCUCCUCUGAAGAAUCAUGGAGGAAGUUUGAUCCUAGUCUCUGAUCAUUUCUUCCAUGAUCCCUACUACAUGGAGAUGUUUAAACACAACAUGGAGUCCAAAAGAUACGCUUGUGUUUUGAUCAGCAACAUGUCAGAUAAUCUCAGUGAAUGGCCAGGGGCUAUAGAUAGAGCACUCCAUUUUGGAGUUGAAAGAAGAGUAUUAAAGCUGACUUCCAUGUUGCAAGUUCCCGGAGGUUGAACCCGGAAGUUGCAAGUUCCACGUUCUACUUCUGAAGGUACCAGUCCACUCCACUCCACUCUACCACGGCUCUUAUUUUUACGUUUUUUGCUUAUGAGAUCGUACCAACCAAACUUUAAACGCCCUGUAGACUCUUCGCUGGGUCGAUUUUUCCACGUUACUUUGAUGGGUGUUGGUUGUGAGGAUAUUUUGUCUAUGCUUUAAUCAAAUUGGUGGAAUUUUAAGACA